AAGUGAAUUGAGUGGGUGAGGACGUUAUUGACCCGGCGGGUUGUCCUCCAUUUUUUCCCGCACGAGGCUUCCGUUUGUGUCAUCUUUAAUUUGAUAUUUAUACCUGACCUGAGAUUAUUGUGACGGAAAAAAUAUAAUUUUUUUGACAACAUGUCGUUCAACCGAGGAACAAAGAGGGAUGCUUUCGGGAAUCGUGGAUUCAAUCGGAAUCCUGGAAAUGCUGGGGGCGGGGUUAAUCCUUGGGAAGGAGGCAUGAUGCCUGGGCGUGGAAUUUUGCCUACACCAAACAACAACCUUGCUCUUGCUUCACCACAGGCUCAACUUGCGAUAGCCAGCAAUCUUCUCUCUAAUCUACUCCGUGGUCAACAAGAUGUACAACCGCAGGUGCCUUCGUUGUUAAGUCUUGGAAACAACUUUGGUGGGCCAGGGCCAAAUUUUCGAGGUCAACAACCUUUCGGACCUGGUCGUUUUAAUGACCGUCCAAUGCGUCGUCCGAUGGAGAACCGUCGCUCAGAGCCCUACAAGAUGGGCCCUCGCGCCCGCGAUGGCCCUGCUGGGCGACGUGGCCAAUCUGCGCAACAAUCUCGUGCAAACCAGUCCGGCAAUCAACGUAUCAAUGGAAACCAAAAUCAGCAUCGCAACGAUAAAUCUUCUAAACCAAAUCCUGCCUCUAAGCAAAAUCAAACUGCCACUGUCAAAAAGGAAUCACAGGAUGUUAAGACUUCUGAUAUUGAAAAAGCAGAUACAUCUGAUUUGAAAAGUGAAGAAACCGACGAUGUUGACACUAAAAAACGCGAUUGGAAAGAUGAAAAAACAGAAGAAUCUACACUAUCAAAUAAAUCUGAAACUGCGGAAGAUCUGGGCCAAAACGAAGACACUCUAGAAAAAACAUCGGCUACAGAACCUCCAAAAGAUGGAGAUACCGCAACUGCAUCUACUGAUAAGGAAGGAAAAGGAAGUGGCAAAAAGUGCGAAAUUCGGCAUGCGGAGAGCCGUUAUGCCGAUGUUCCCAUGACCCGCAUGUUUUGUCAUGUCUGCAAUAAGCAUAUGUGGGACGGUUAUUCUUUCGAAAACCAUCUUCGCGGACGUGCACAUCAGUUGAUGAUGGAUAAACUGGAUGAAUCUUAUAAACUGAAGGUAGAUUUGAUGAGACAUGAUUUGCGUGUAGCCGAGGAGCAACGCGAACUUAGUUUGACCAAUUCAAAACGUCGUGGCAAAAAGGUUUCUGUUGAUCUGAGUGUUCGAGAGUACUGUACAAUGUGUGAUCUCAAUUUUUAUGGAACAUUGUCGAUCCAUCGUAAAAGUGAGAAGCAUCAACAACUGAAGACAUUUUUACAUCCACGUUGUCUGGAAUGUGCGAAGGAAUUUCCAUCUCGCAUCGAGUAUGAUGAACAUUGUCUUACACCGACCCACAUGAAAUUGAUAGUACCAGUUGAAAAUCAACGGAAAACCAAAAAGAAAGAAAAACUACCCAAGGGAGAAUCUGAAGUAAGUACUGUCGAAGACGAGGAAAAAGAAGUUCUAAAAGCAGAAGCAAAGAAUGACAAAGAAGAAGAAUUGCCUGAAAGUACUCCACUCAUAGUUGACUUUGCCGAUGUCACGAGCGAUCCUCAAUACAAAAUACCAACCUUUAAACAAUGCCGAAACAAGCAAAUCACUAUUGGGAAGUCAAUGGUGAGAGAAGUUAAUGGGUAUUAUUGUGAGAAAUGCCGUCGCUUCAUGCUUACAUCUGAUGACAUGACUGCCCAUUUACGCGGAAUCACCCAUUAUCGUAACUUCGUACAAGAAGUUAAAUCUCAGAUAUCUAAAUCCAUGACUGACGCCGCUGCAAAAACUACAGAAGAACCCGAAGCAGACAAGGACCAAGAUAAGAUUGAAAAGGACAGCGAGGAAUACGAGGGUAAUUGGAAACGGCGUAAAACAGUACAUUCAGAAGACGAAGAUGAUUCAGAUCCUAAAAAGCCGAAUGUAGAAAACGAUAUUGAAAUAUCUACCGCAGUAAAGCCAACCGAUGGUGACAAAAAAUAUGAUCCGUUGGAGGCUGAUGCUGAAAGUGAAGAUGAGAAUCAUGAGGGUGAGGGAAAAAAAUCAUCCGCCGAAAAAAUGUGGGCUGAUAUGGAUAAUGACAUUGAUGUUGAAAUUGGCAAUUUACUCGAAGACGAUACCGGCGAGGAGAAAGUGUCGAUUUUAGAACCUGAAAAUACACCACAGAAAUUAGAAAAAGAAACUACUCCAAUUAUCAAGUCUACCAAUCAAAACUUACCGCGUGGACGUGGUGGCGGUUACCGUUCCCGUGGAAACCGGGCGCGGAGAUCGCGUCGUUGAAAAACAUGCUCAACAUAUGAUGGACAUGAUUUAUUCCUCAUAUUCCAUUGACCGAUAGCAGAAUUCACGGGAUCGUUAACAGAAGAAAUAAUAUGACUUUAUCAGUGUGAAACAUAUGCCGAUCUACGAUUUGCUGUUUAUGUUCGAAAUUAAGAAAAAAAGAUGGCAGCACAGUUCGACAGAAAAUCCAACAAAGACCAUAGGUAUUCAAACACGGUCGUAUCUCAUUUAAAUUAUAAAAGCAGUGAUAACUUUUUUUUAUGUAUGUCGUCACACAGACAAUAUGAGCUUUUGUCCGUACCUAUUGUUCUACACAUAUAGGUAUGCGUAUUAUUUAUUAUUAUUGAUGAAUAUACCUGAUAGAAAUUCAUUGUAUAUGAAAUCUUGAAUGGUGGGAAAAUGUUUUGUAACAUUUGGUUGUUGGUGAAAUUUUUAUGUAUGCCAUUGUUACAUUAAACUAGCAAAGCCGCGUAAUUUAGCAAUUCGUAGAAAUUACAUGGCUAUGGUAUACCACAGUCAAUUGUUUCGUUCGUACGAAAACUUUAUUCAUUUAGGUUAAUUUUUUAACAAUUAUGAUUCCGAGGAGAUCAUGAUAUUCUGUUUUUAUGCAACGAGAGUUAGAACAAAUUUCUAUUGUUAUAAUUAUAUAUUCGUUUAUAUGUCUCACAGUGUAAUAUUACAGGCAGAAGACAAAGCAAUGAUUAACGAGAUUCUAUAGUAGGUUUGAAAUCGUAGCAAUGAAUGGUAAUUUUUUUCUUAUUUGUUUCAACUAAUUUAAGUAUUGAAUCAGUAGCUUGUUAUUUUUAAAGGUUAUAUGAAUCAGUACUUUUGUGACUACUGAACAAGGUUAGGUUUUGAUUUUUUCUGAGUGACUGAACACUUGACUCAUUUUAUUUUUCAUAUUUGACAAAACUGUGAAAUAAACAAAUUUUGAAAAGA